AUGUCAACUGGCGGGGUCAAGCCCAGAGGGUCGCUCGUUCAGGAAGCAACCACCAAGGAAGGUCCUAGAGGGGCUCUUGAUGGUGUAGGCACGGUCAGGUCUAGAGGAUUGCGUGCUGAGUUUGGGGACAGGCCCAGAGGGUCGCCCAAUCUGCGUGACUCUAUGGUAGGUCUCAGAGAGGCUCAUGGCAGGCAUAUCCUUGAGGACGGACCCAGAGGGUCACUUGAGAAGAACGGGGUAGGCUUCAGAGAGGCUCCUGUUAAAACCGUCGCCGCUGCUUUGACUACGCAACGAGGAGAGCUUAAUCCUUGGAGGUUUGCUUUUCUAGUAGGCACACAACAUCGUCAGUAUGAGGUGAACACAGUCAAAUUUGAUCACUUAUUUGAGGAGGCUGAGAGAGAUCACCUUAAAAGUUACGAUCCAUCUGGCUCUUGGACAACGGUGCCUAUCAGUAAGGCAAAAGGAAAGCAGAUUCUCAAUUUCAAGUGCAAGGCACGAUUCGUGGUAAGAGGUGAUCAAGAGAAAAGAGAUGAUACAAGGGACACAUAUGCUGCUACUCUUGCUGCGAGAUCUUUUAGGAUAUUUAUAGCUAUUGCUGCGCGCUUUAAUCUAGAACUCAAGCAAUAUGACGCUGUCAAUGCCUUUGUUAAUGCUAUACUGGACGAAGAGAUCUUUAUGAGAAUGGCUCCUAGAUAUCAUCACCACUCCUAUGACGAUAUCGUUAUCACAUAUAAGACGAGCCACCAACUAGAAGCUGACUCAGUCAUGAACCAACUUUGUGCCAAAUACAAAAUAUCUGGAGGAGGAGACCUGGAGUGGUUCCUAGAAUUACUCCUAUACGAAGGAAUGACCACCUACAAAAUAAGUACUCAACCUGAUGUGGCUUUUGCCAUCUCACGGCUUUCACAGUUCUUGUUAAAUCCUGGACCAAAGCACCAUCAAGCUGCUGACAAGGUUUUAUGCUACCUUGAAUGUCAUCGUGCGUACGCCUUGAGGCUUGAAGGAGGUGAAGAUUAUUCAGUAUCAACAGACGCCUCCUUUGCAGAUAAUACACUUGACCAUAAGAGCUCACAAGCAUAUGUCAUGACACUUUUUGGUGGAACGAUAGGAUGGCAAGCGAAUAAGCAGGAUAUGGUAACAACAUCAACCACUGAAGCUAAACUGUUAGCUCUCGCUCAGGGGGUGAAAGAAGGCAAAUAUGUCCUUCAAUUACUUCUGGAGUUAGAGAUAUAUUUUAGAACACCUACUCUUUAUAUUUUCUACGAUAACCAGCAAACUCUAGGAUUGCUAGAGAAGGACGCUCCGCGACUGCAGGUGCAGAAGGGAGACAUCCAAGUGCACUACAUGCCCACAAAAGAUAUGAUUGCCAACGGCCUGACUAAGGCACUCAGCAAACAGGAACACCAAAAGUUCCUCAAUCAAAUCGGAGUAGAGGAUAUCAACAGCUAUCUCACUCCCCAGCAAAAGGAUAUGGAGAACCUAGAUAUUGAAGAAUUACUUUCUCUCAAUGACGUGCCCGACAACUUAUGA